AUUCCACUUGACUAUAAAAAUUAUUUGCGCACCAAGCGAACAAGAGAAAUGAAAACAGGAGAUACGGGAGGUGUAUUAGAAUAUCUGCAAAAGAAGAAAUUGACUGAUCCAAAUUUUUUCUAUGCCAUACAAGUGGAUAAAGAGGAUUUAAUAACUAAUAUAUUUUGGGUUGAUGCCAGAAUGAUGGUAGACUAUGAUUAUUUGGGCGACGUGGUUUGUUUUGAUACCACUUUUAGAAAAAACAAAGAAGGAAGACCUUUUGCGAUGUUUGUUGGAGUUAACCAUCAUAAGCAAUCAGUCAUAUUUGGUGCUGCACUUCUGUAUGAUGAAACUGCAGAGACUUUUGAGUGGUUGUUUGACAUUUUUGCUAAAACCAUGUCCGGGAAGAAACCAAAGAGUAUUUUUACUGAUCAGGAUGCUGCAAUGGCAAAAGCUUUAGCAUCGGAGUGGCCGGAAACAACCCAUCGGUUAUGCAUUUGGCAUAUAUUUCAAAAUGCAGCUAAACAUCUUAACCAUGUUUUUGAAAAAUUCGAUAACUUCGCUAAGGAAUUUAGCAACUGUGUAUAUGAUUACGAGGAGGAAAAAGAAUUUAUAGAUGCUUGGAAAAAUAUGCUUGAGAAAUAUAAGCUCCAAGAUAAUGAAUGGUUGAGCAGAUUAUUCAAUAUAAAAGAAAAAUGGGCUUUGGUUUAUGGAAGAAAUACCUUUAGUGCUGAAAUCACCACCACCCAACGAAGUGAAAGCUUGAACAGUUUGGUAAAAAAAUAUGUCAACUACAAGUAUGAUAUGUUGCGUUUUUUUCGUCGUUUUGAAGGGCUAGUUGAUGAUCGUCGUUAUGAAGAGUUAAAAGCAGACUUCAAAGCAAGCCAGAGCUUCCCUGCACUUUCAUUUCCGGUAAAGAUUUUAAAACAUGCAGCAAUCGUAUAUACACAUGAGGUUUUGAAAUUAUUUCAGAAACAAUUAUGUAAAGCUCAUAAUUGUACCGUGAAUUACCUUGGCGACACUAGUACGACAGUUAGAAAAUAUGGAGUUAUUCCUCAUGCGCAAGAAUAUCACCAAACAGUCAUCUUUGAUAUGGAAAAUAAUAACAUCUCUUGUAGCUGCAGGAAAUUUGAAUUCGCAGGCAUCUUGUGUUCACAUGCUCUAAAAGUUUUGUCCCUGCACAACAUUAAAAGUAUUCCUACUCAGUACAUUUUAAAAAGGUGGACGAAAGAUGUGAAGUCCGGCAGUGUAAAAAUAAGUCCAAUAGCUACCACUGCAAAUGACCCCAAAGGAGAUAUAAUAAAACGUUACAGAGAGUUGUGUAGACUACACGUUCAGUUGGCGACAAGAGCAUCAGAGUCAAGUGAAGCAUAUGAAAUUGCUUUGUCAGGAUUUAACAACACACUAGCAAAGGUUGACGACAUUCUCAGAGGAAUAACAACUAAAGAAAAUUCACAAGCAAUGUUGCCAACGACCAAUAAUCUAGAAGAGCCAAGUGUAGUUGUACCCAUCCACGGUGAUAAUGGUAAUGUGAGGGGAAUAAAAAUCAAAGAAAAAGAAGUAGGUGUUAGCUCCAAAAGGCCACAAAGCGGUUUAGAGACAGAGACUAAUAAGAAGAAAAAGGGCGCUUUAGAAACAGCCACUACCAAGCAGAAAAGAGCUCGAAGAACCCUGUUAGAUCCAAAAAAUAGUGAUUCCCAGCAUGUUAUGGCUUCACAAAGCCAUUUUCCCCAUCCACCUCCACAUCCACUCGUACAGGAUACUGCUUGGUAUGGAACAAGGUAUAUGCCCAUGGCAUCACAGUUCUUUGUUCAGCAAUCUAAUGCGGGAGCCUACUACCAACCGUACUCGGACGGUGUAUUUAACACCUUCCAGGAACAACAAGGAUUACAAGGACAAGGAUUGCAAACGCGACAAAUCUAUAACUAUCGCCGGUAGUUCCAAACAGUUCCAAACCGGAAAUGCUGAAUUAACAUCCAAGUAAGACGAGAAGACAAGCUUUUGAGCCCAUCAGUGAUCAGAUGGCCACAGUAGAAUGUUUGGAAUUGCGUCUUAUUGUUUAAUUGCCGCAAUCCUUGUAACAGAAAUUUGG